GACUGCCACAGCGAGUAGUGGGGAGCAUUUGGAGUCAGGCGCCGGCCAUUUCAGUGACAGUGAUCAGAGCAAACAGAACCUGCAUGACGCUCCUGAGACUUGUCAGAAGAAUUAAAAGGAGUUGCAGCAUCAAGCAAGUGGCUGGAUGGUUUUCGAAAGUGGUAUUAUAAUGCUGCAGGAUUCAAUAAACUGGGGUUAAUGCGAGAUGAUACAAUACAUGAAACUGAAGAUGUAAAAGAAGCCAUAAGAAGGCUUCCUGAGGACCUUUAUAAUGACAGGAUGUUUCGAAUUAAGAGAGCCCUGGACCUGACUAUGAGGCAUCAGAUCUUGCCUAAGGAUCAGUGGACAAAAUAUGAGGAGGACAACUUCUACCUUGAACCCUAUCUAAAAGAGGUUAUUCGGGAAAGAAAGGAGAGAGAAGAAUGGGCAAAGAAGUGAUCUGUGGGUGUGCCUGGUCUCACCAUACUUUUACAAAGUUAUUUCAACCCAAAUCAUUAAGAAUUAUUUGCUCUACCUAUGUCACACUUUAAAUAAAUGUCUAUUGUAACCAU